AAUAAAAUUCAUUUCUCUAUCACUUCAUCAAAUCUUCUUACUCCAUUAAUGGCAUAGAAAUCUGAAAUACUCUGUGAAGAGUGAAAUUAACAAUCAAAAAUCCAAAAUUAUGAGCAAUUUGAGAUCGAUUUGUAGACCUCAAGUUGUGUAUUUUUCAAUUACUUGUUGUUGCAGAGACUUAUUGGGGAAAUCGGCAGUUAGGGUUUCAAAUUGGAACCUUAGUUCAGUUUCUCGAUGGACUAAACCACCGGUGCUGCAAUCAUGGUAUCAUACUUCGAGUAGAAUGGAAACUUGGGAUCAUCGAUUGAAUCAGCAGAGGAAAAUGGUGACUACUUCUGCUUAUAAUUGGAAUGAUUCAAAGUCUCCUUAUGAAACUCUCGAACUAGAAGGGGAUGCUGAUGAAGAACAAAUAAAAGUGGCAUAUAGACGAUUGGCGAAGUUUUACCAUCCAGAUGUUUAUAAUGGCAGAGGGACUCUUGAGGAAGGAGAAACUGCUGAAGCUCGAUUCAUUAAGAUUCAAGCUGCUUACGAGCUUCUUAUAGAUGCAGACGAACGGAGAAAAUAUGAUAAAGACAAUCGAGUAAACCCCAUGAAGGCAUCCGAAGCAUGGGUGGAGUGGCUAAUGAAAAAGCGAAAAGCAUUUGACCAACGGGGUGAUAUGGCCAUUGCUGCAUGGGCUGAACAGCAGCAGCUAGAACUAAAUCUGAAGGCCCGCCGCCUUGCUCGUUCAAAGAUGGAUCCCGAAGAAGAAAGGCGAAUCAUUGCUAAAGAGAGAAAGGCUUCUGUGGAGAAUUUUAAUAAUACGUUAAAGCGACAUACACUUGUCUUAAGGAAAAGAGACAUAAUGCGGCGAAAAUCAGAGGAAGAAAAGAAAAGAGUCAUUAGCAGGCUUCUGGCUGCCGAAGGUCUGGAGCUUGCAGAGGAGGACGAUAAGAAUCUAUAGAAGAUGCCCCGCAUAUUGGUCCGCCUCCACGCACCUGGUGAAGAAUACAGCAUCUUGGAAAGCUACUUCAGGUUAAAACAAUGUAUUGUGCAAUACAAGAAGAACCAAAAUAGUUAUCUUUUUAAGUUAUUUAGAUGUACAUCAAUCAUAGGUUAACUUUGUACUAUACUGAACUUGGCAAGGUUGAAACGUUUAGUUUUCGAUUUGCCAUUGUUGACUCA